UCCCAUAUACGCUCCGGACACACUGAAUUAGAAGAGCAGAUGCAAAGAGUUUGGCACAACUCUGAUGAAGACCGGCGUACAGAGCAGUGCCAUACACAAGAUCUGCCGUCUUUAGCUAAACUGUUGCCGAUCAUCACAGAGGACAGCACUGCCUCAUCUCUCACUUUGUUUGGAUCUUAUAAAACAAGACACCUGUUUAAAACCUGCAAAGGAGCCACUGAAUCGUGCUAAUAAGGUUGUGUGACUGCUGACCAACCAUGAAUGUCUCUGAUGUGGGUGGGGACGAGUCCUUAGGUGCAGACCCCUUCUUCCCUCUGGACCAUCUGGAUAACUCACCUCCAUAUGAAGUCCCGCCCCUCACAGUCUGGGGUGUGGCUAUGUGUGUUUCAGGGACUCUCAUCACUACUGAGAAUGCAAUUGUUGUCACCACCAUCUUGGCCACCCCAUCUCUACGUGCCCCUGUCUUCCUGCUAUUGAUUAGCCUCGGCCUGGCUGAUCUCCUGGCGGGUGUAGCUUUGAUCCUGCGCUUCCUCUUCUUGUUCUGCGUGGAGCCCAGUGAUUGGUCAGAAUUGCUGACCUCAGGAGUCCUUGUAACAUCACUGACUGCCUCACUCUGUAGCUUGAUGGGUGUUGCCCUGGACCGAUAUCUGUCUUUGAGCCAUGCCCUCACCUAUGGCUCAAGCCGAUCCCGUCGCAGAGCUGCUGUCCUGCUGCUGCUGGUCUGGUUGGGUGCAUGUGUCAUCGGGGCGGGACCUGCAAUGGGAUGGCACUGUCUUGGAGAGCCAAACUCUUGUUCUGUAGCACGACCUCUGACCCGGACAUACCUAUCGCUGCUAUGUGGUGGUUUCCUGCUGGUUGUCAUGGUAACCCUGCAAUUGUACGCUGGGAUCUGCCGUGUGGCAAGGCGGCAUGCCCACGCCAUCGCAACCCAAAGGCACUUCCUCCCUGCCAGCCAAUCAUAUGCAAGCAAACACAGCAGUGGAAGGGGCUUCUCUCGGUUGAUCCUGGUCCUUAGUGUGUUUGUGGCCUGCUGGAUGCCUUUCUCCCUCUGGGGACUGCUGGGAGAUGCAUCCAGCCCUCCUCUGUACACCUGGGCCACCUUGGUCCCAGCGGCGGGCAGCUCCCUCCUCAACCCCAUACUCUAUAGUCUGAGAAACAAAGACAUUCGCAAGGUGCUGGUCCAGGCCUGCUGCCCCAACAGAUACACACAUAGUACACACAUACACUACCCUGUGGAUGUGUAGUGCAGCCAAACCUCAACAGACCAACAAUCUAUGUCAGACAUAUCACUGUUUGUGUGCCAAGUUACACACAUAGCUGCAUUGACUGUCAUCCAGAUCCAGAAGACAAAGCCUAACACACACACACACACACACACAUACUCACACUGUCAGAAGUAACACUUUCACAAGAAUUCCUUCUGUGAGUCGAAAUGUACUGAAACGUCAAGGCUGGCAGCCCCACUAUUGCCACACAGACUAAACGUUCUGUCUUGUGUGUACUUUGUGCCUCAUCCUCAGUCAAUUGUAGCUCCACUGGAUCCCCAGAAUCAAACAAUCACAGGGACAUUAUAUA